AUGUGGGUUAUUGGUAAAGUAGAUAUUUCUAAAAUUUAUAUGGAAUUCCGUAUUUCUAUAAUACAGAAAUGCAAGUCAAAGGAGAUCUUAAGUACUGAUGAAGAACUGACCCUAAACCAUAUAUUUCUUUUCCAAGAAGAGAAUCCGCAAGGACUUCAUGAAUAUUUUGAUGAUGAACCAUGGCAAUGUAUCUUUUCGGAGAAUUCUACAAGUACACAUCAUAAUACAAGUCCUGCAUAUUUUAGAGUUGACCGUUAUCAAAGUUCAUUUGUCAAAAAUAAUGAAAAUGAGGAUACACAUUCUCACAACUAUGUUGGCCCUGUGAUCAAGCCGUUUUUUCCAGAAGGCAAAAAAAUGAACAUAGACUGGGCAAACAAGACAACAAAAUCAUCAGCUCAGGUGAUGAAACAAUUCAAUCCUAUCCUUUCUGGCUCAUAG